CCUUCUUUCGCCUUUUCUGAUGAUUGCGACGAUAAACAUGAAAGUCUCUUCAGUGGAUAGUUCACUGCCGCGAAGUCCGAAUUUAGCGGUCGGGCCUCUUCCUCUCAUCCCGCGCAGGUCGGCAUCGCGUCGACCGCCGCCAUUGUUCACUUCUCCUUCUCCUGUCGCCGUCGCUGGUCCAGUCAAGAUUAACGUGCAGGGUGUUAAUUCUGGCGAGAAGCCAGCUGCCUCUUCCUUCAAGGCAGUGCCUGAUGCCAGUUUGUCGGGCUCAAGCUCUGAAGGAAGUUCAAGUAAUCCCCGGCUCAAAAGAGGCGUCCCUCGGGCUUCAUUGUAUCAGCCACCGUCACCCACGAUAUCAUUAUCUCGUGUCACAUCUAGCCACAGACACUCAUCGUCUCUGUCUGGUGACAUCUACGCCACCGACCUGUCUGCUUCGUCGCUCCAGGAUACUCCCCGAGCAUCCGUCUACACCCUUGCGGAUAAACGCUUAAGCCUUGAUGAUUCGAAGCGGAUUGCUUCAGAGUCUCACUUGCCAGAUACCGAGGCCUCGAGUAAAUCUGCACCCAUUAACUCUACGCCCCCCAUGAUCGUCAGGAAUAAAUCUGGACAGCCGAUAAAGUCAUCGCUGAAGUCGACCAAGACACGGCCUAGGGGCAAUCUUUCGGUCAUUACAGGGAUGUUUUCCAGCAAGAGCGAGCCAAAUACGCCGUCAUUGUCUAAGGCUGUUCACUUUGACACGCAACUGGAGCAUGUCAAGCUCUUCCUUGCGGAACAGAAGCCUUUAGCGGUUUCUCGAGACGGAAGUCCCACUGACGAUACUAGUGGAACAGAUAGCGACUUCCCGCCGUUCAUCUUUGGGGAGCCUUAUUCAUCCAAGCAAAGGUUGGUGAUGAAUGUCGUCAACAUGCCUCCCAUGGUGGAUUACAGGGCCGACGUUGCGAUGGACAGUCUAUUGCUAUCUGCAGAUGGACUGAGUAUUAUUGGCAGAGUUCGGGCGAGGAAUCUUGCGUUUCAGAAAUGGCUUGCCGUGCGCUUCACGUUCGAUGCUUGGCACACUACAAGUGAAGUUACCGCGAGAUAUGUUGAGUCUGCCAACCCGAGUGUCGAUAUCUUUUCAUUCAGCAUCAGAUUGAACGACAUUAUGGCCUGGAUUGAAGAGAGGACGUUGGUUUUGGCGCUGAGGUACUCGGUGGAGGGUAGGGAGAUGUGGGACAACAACAAUGGCAGGAAUUAUGUCGCCAAAUUUUCCUGGGUCAAAGAUUCUAGUAGUGAUUCGGGCAGCGACAUUGCUGAUCUGAAGAAGAAGUUGGAGAACGUUAUGCAAAAGAGGGAGGACGAAGAACCCGCUUCUUUACCACCUUUGCCGCCACCCCGUUCCGGUCCCGUCGAGCUUGACAGUUCUUCAGAUUUCAAAAAAGAUUCGUCGUUAUCAUCCCGAUACGACUUCGGGACAUCUCUGAAGACGAAAUGGAGCCCGCCUACAAUACGUCGCUCACUCACGCAGACAUAUCCCACCGCCUCCGCUACCUCUCCUCCUAGCUCAAUUCCUUGGCCGACGAUGGUGGAUAACGCUCAGCGCAACCUUUCGCUGCCCGUCGGGUCGAAGCCACUGGGUUCCCCGCGAGAUCAGGAGGAUGGUGACAACUUCCGACCUGCCCCGUGUGUCGCUUCUGAUACAGAGGAUAGCCCAUCUUUCGCUACUCCAACGAAAACACGGAACCAUCAUCGCGGAUACUUUGACCUUAGCUUUCUUAGGGAGUCUGCGGUAAAACGGACACCUCCUGGAACGCCCAGGAUGAGAUCAGUUGAUGAUUCGACGACAAUAGCCAGUCGCAGCCCGGGUAGGUGUUACUCGUUCCCGCCUGUAGACGCUCUGCGGCCAGCACCACUGUUUAGCAUGGGUAGCGGUCUGAGCUUCGAGCCAAGAGACGUCGAACUUGGAGCAGGUAGUGAUGAGUCGACACCGUCUAUCAUGUCUCCGAUUUGGAGCAGUUCAUCCUCUGCGACACCAUCACCGACGGAAACCGAGUUUACGUCGCCGUUGACCAUCCGCGACAAUGUCACGCCUCGCGAUCCUGAUACCGAUUACAACCACUUCCUUAAUCGGUUCUGCUUCUACACAGGUCCAAAUUCCACUGUUGAUGUAGAUUCUGGAGCCUUGCCAGGGUCGUCGUCAAUGUCGAGCGUUGAUGAUGUCUUAACGGUGUCUGUGCGUCCGCGUGUCCCUGUGCUCGAAGCUCAGCGUGAUAUGGACACUUGUACGCAACCCCAGGAUGACAAUGCCCUCAGUAGUGGUUCUUCGACUCCCAUGCCGUUCAGUUUCCAUGGACCUCCUCGAUCAUUCGCCAGGAUAUGAUGCAGAUAUGAUGCUUCUCUUCUUUUUUGUGUGUAAUUUUAGUUACUGUAAAGGUAUAUUCACCUUAACCUUCUAUGUAUAAUCAUACCUUACUCUACGCCUCGGACAUCAUCAUGUAUACGAUACACUUGCUUCUGACUCUUUCGAUCUGUACUACUAGUACCAACGCCCCCCUCCCCUCCCCACACCAUGCUCGGACAUUAGGGAUACAUAGAAAAGUAUAUCUUUAUUGUUACCAUAUGCAUAGCAAUCUCAUGAUAAGG